UGCAGCCGAGCAUCAACAAUCACCUCCAAUGAAGCAAUUACUGUUCAAAGACACGGUAAGAAAUAUGUCUGGAAGUUGCUAUUGAUGAUUACGGACUCAACUAUAUUGAUUUUCCUUUCUCUUCCUGCAACUACUCUGGAAGCUGGGGACUGAAUUGGCUACACGUGCUCGCCACUGUAAACAACAAUGACGCUCCUAGCAAGCCAUUUAGGGCAAAUCUCUCUAUCUACGAAAUCAAUAGCAGAGCUCGAAUUCCCCCCUCCCAAGAUCUUUACCAAUGCACUAUUGAAAGACCAUGAGAUUACGACGUUAAUCCGCGACACUGAACCUCACGAGCGUGCCUUAUUCACAUUAGACCCAACUGCUAUCUCCAGACCUCGCCAGCAAGAUGCCACUCAACCGAAUGGAAGCUUGCAGACCAGGAAAAGCCUCUUCCCGAAUGCUCAUCCAGUCAGACAGUCAGCCGUUACGAGGUUAUUGGGUAGAGACAUGCUUCAAGAGAUAAGACAGUCGAGCAACAAACGCGAUGGGGUCAAUGUUGAGGUGCUGCUGCGCGGAGCAGAGAAAUUGUGUGAUGUAUAUGCAGUUGCAGGAGUGCCGGAGAAGAUUCGAGCAUUGCGGAACCGCUACCAAGAAGUCGCUGCCUCCCUAUCAUCGCUGGAAGAGAAAGUGUCAAAACAACAAUCGCAGCUAGACCGACGAAACAAAAGCUUCGAGUUUGACGAUGAAGCAGAAAAUGACCUGAGGAACACCGAUGGUGACAACACUGUCAUGUUGACGGAGCAGGACUUUCAGAACGAGGAAAAUGAAAUCAGAGAGCUAGAAGCAAAGAAGAAGGCUCUGGAAGAGCGUGUCUCUGGCAUGGAAAGAGAUCUCGGCGGUCUCCUUCGAUGAGCAUGCUUGCGAGCUCUGAAAAAUAGACACAAUAUCGACAUCGACGGGCGCACCCAGCUCAGACGGAUCCAUGAGCCAUUGGCUUGCCCGUAGGACGACCCUUCUGCAGUCACCUUGGUGCAAGACUUGUACAGUCUGACAUUCACUGCACCCUACUCUCCCGGUGCCUCUGGUCAAGGCAGGUAGGUCGCUGAAGAACACGGGCGAUAUCGAUACUGUUACCUGGGAGGCAGUCACGGCCAACCCGAUCGUUGUCGCGAUCUUGAUGGUGAUGACUGUAGGCCAAGACUUGAACGGCCGGGGUUAUUGAGGACAUCAGCACUGUACUCCGUCUCGAGGUUGCGAUAAUAUGCAUCUCAACACCCGGAAUGGGACUCCAACAAUGUACUACCACUCAGCAAGAGCGAAGUUGGAGUGACAGCCCCAGGAUCAAGAGUUGGCUAGGAACCCUUGUCGCUAUCGACCUGGCAUGCGGUUCCAGGGAAACGGAUUUUGUGCUCGGCUCAGUAUAGCCUUCGAAGAAACAGCUCGGUCAUCCGUACCAAGUUAAUAUGUUUCAGACAGCUCUCAGCGCUAUGCUUCUUGCACGAUAGAUACGAAUUAUUGACAUACCUCUUUUGACAUUUAGUUAGGCUGAGGCGAAAGUGGACUAGGCAUACCUUCUUUCGGCACGCGAGAUUUGCGAUCU